AUGGAAUUCCAGAACACCGUGAAGGAUAUUUCCAUGAGCUUUGACAAGGAGGCACGUGAAAUCAGAUUGACCUCAUUUGGUACGAUGUCACUGAAGAAAGCUGUUGUCCUUAGCGAAAUGUUCUUCCGAGAUGUCCGCCUUAAAAAUCAGCUACGUGCUCGAGCUGAAGAAGCAGAACGCCUACUCCAACAUGGCUCUCAGCGCAACGAAAAGGACUCACCAUUUGUCGACGAGUUCGAAGUCGCAGCUGAUUUGAUGGGAUUGGCAAUAGGAACCCA